AUGUCCGGCCCUUAUCCAGACCAGUUUCCCUUCUCCUCGGACAACAGCUACCAGCCACCCCAUAUAUAUGAACAGGGCUACAAUCAAAACACCUCUACCUACAUGUACGACCAGUACCACCAGCCACCCCACGUCCCGCAGUCCGUCGCCCAGCCGCAGUAUUACCAGCCAGGAUACUCGCAAGCCCGGCCAUACACAGUUCCCGACGACAACGACAACGACGAAUACGACGGCCGACGCCCGUCCAAACGCCUCCGUUCCGGCUACCGGUACCGCGAUCGGAGAACUUCCUCAAUCCCGGCCCCCCCUUGGGAUCCCAACCGCUCCACAACCCCGGACUUCGAACCUCCCCUCCAAGCGCGCAUCUUCUCCCCCCGAAGCAUCCCGGGCGGUUACUCCGCCACCCUCACGGCGUCCCUCUCGAUCCCGGACACCGUCGAUGACGAGGAGCGCCUCCGCCGGCAAUCCGAGAUCAAGCACAUCCUCCAGUCGACCACCCCCACGGCCCUCCCAGCCCCCUCGCCGCGCGUCAAGAGCCCGCGCCCGACGUCCGUCUCGGCCCCGUCCCCGACAUCCGUCUACCGCAUACGCGCCCGCCCGAAGGAGAUCCAGGUCGGGCCCAUGCUCUCGCCCCGCUACCUCGGCGCCUUCACCCGCGUCGACGACGUCCCCGCUGGCCCGGAGCGUGACGCGGCGGUGGAGCACAACAACCGCCUCGCGGCCGCGCGGCUCGCCGAGCUGAAGCGGCGCAACAACGCCGCGGCGUCGCGUAGCCGGAACCGUAGGGAGCGCGCCGUCGUGGGCCGCACCGAGGCGCUCUCGGCCGCGAGGGCGCAGAUGCACUGGUGGAAGGCUAGAGCCGUCUCGCUCGGCGCCGCGGCGGGUGAGUGGGACGCGCUGCCGGAGAUGGCGGUGCGCGAGGCCCUCGUGGCGGACUACCGCGUCGACGCCCUGGACUACUCCCGCGACGACCCCGGAGAGGCCCUCGCCGAGGCCAAGACCGCGAGGAAGGCUGGCGUCGCCAAGAAGAAGAGAAAAGCGGCGAGCACGUAG